CAUCCAUAAUUGUAUCUGCAUUGUUUUUAAGUCUUAUUUAAAAACUGAAAUAAUUUAAAGCUAUCGAAAGACUAUUAAUUCAGCAGUAAAUGGCCAGCACUUCCCGUGCAUCCAGAAGCCAGAAUGGCAGUCUCUCCCAGGCAACACAGCAGCCGAUCCAAGAAGUGGACGACAAAGUCCGCGGCAUUUUAAACUACAUCCUCGAUCACACCGCCCAAAAGAUUCCCAUAAAGGACAAGGAUUUGAUGCCGGCGGCUGGCGAUAGGAACGAGCUGAAGAAGCGUCUGCCGCUUGUCACUGAAUUGCUGGCCAAACGAUUUGGUAUUUUGUUAACACCCCUGGAUUCAGGCUCCAAGACGUUCGUUUGCAUUGCGGAGGAGCCGGUGGCCUCCAUCUACGAGCUGACUCCUGCACAAAGACCCCAGUUCUCGCUGCUGUACAUUGUGCUCAUGUAUAUCUUCCUGCGCGGCAACCGCAUCGAGGACUCUAAGCUGUACGGAAUGUUGGAGAUGCUGAAUAUUCAGGACGAAGAACACGGCUAUUUUGGCUCCAAUCCGCGCAAGCAGAUCGACGAGACGUUUGUGAAGCAGCAGUACCUGAAGCGGGAGCGCUCCCAGCUAAGCGCCUACGACGACCCAAAGACCUUCUUCCUUUGGGGACCGCGAGCCAAGGCGGAGUUCACCUACGAGCAGAUCGUGCAGUUCGCCUCGAAGCUGCUCAACCAGCAUCCGAAGAUCUUCGAUCACCACCUCGCCAUGGCACAGGAAGGGGUACAGACGGAGCAGUAGCAUCUCCAGUCAGAAUAUUCGAAACGUUUUCGGUUUAGGUUUACUUAAAAAAUAAAAAAGCAUUUAAUUGGUUGCCAUUAAUAUUCUAGUUUGCCUAUUUGACUUCCAAUAAAGCCAAAUUGAAGUAAAAUA